AUGCCUCUCUUCGGAAAGAGACUCUUUUACUUGUUCAGACACAAGUAUGAAGUGUAUCCUUCUCUCUUUGAAGAUCAUAGCAUUCGGAGAGUACGGAAUAGACACGAUUCUAGGUUUUUAUUUGAAGGAUUUAUUCCGAAAAUGUUGUUGUGUUGGAGUGUUGCCUUGUUUUUGGCACUGUGGGAACGAUACAAGAUUGAGAAGAAAUGGGAUCAAUUUCCUGGUGCUUUUCCAGAUAUGAAAUAUCCGGAAUUGUAUCGACCGUAUGUGAGAGAUGAAGCCAAACACUUAUUAUUCCCAACCGGUUUGAAUGAAGAAGAUUUGAUGAUUUCUCUUGAAUUGCAUCGAGAAAAAAUGAAAACUAUUUCCGAAGUUCAACGAGAGAAAACAACAAUAUUGGAAAAAUUCAAACGCACAAGACAAUUUGGAGAACAACAAAAGUAG